AUGGCAACAGAUUUUUUCACACUCAAAGGCAAGACUGCUGUCCUCACUGGCGCAGCACGUGGCCUAGGCCUCACAUUUGCCACCGCGCUGGCGAGCGCAAACUGCAACAUCGCCGUGCUGGACAUCCUCCAUGAGCCCUCGCCUUGUCUUCUUGCACUGCGAGACCACCAUGAUAUCAAAUUGGAGUAUUACCGCACAGACAUAACCUCGCGUCGCGAGGUAUCUGUUGCUAUUGAGAAGAUUGAAGCGGAGUUUGGGAGGAUUGAUAUCAAUGUCAACGCCGCGGGCGUUGUGACAGACGAGUCCUUUCUGACGACCACUGAUGAGAACGUCGAUCACACCUUUGCUGUCAACUUUACGGGUUCCUUUCUCGUGGCACAGGCUUGUGCCAACAGCAUGGUCGCGCGGUAUAAAUCCGUCCAUGGAAGCAAGCCAGCAGCGCAGCCUACCAAUGGCACAAUAAUCUUGAUCGCCAGCAUCGCAACUUAUAUUGCGUCCAGCGCGCAGCAGAUCAGCUGCUACGCAGCAUCCAAAGCAGCCGUCAAGGGGCUGGUGAAACCCAUGGCCAUGGAACUUGCGCCGUAUGGGAUCCGAGUCAAUUCCUUGAGUCCAGGGUACAUGAUGACAGAUAUGAUGCGAGGAUUGCAGGAACAACAACCACAGCUGGUGGACCAGUUUGAGAGGGAAACUUUAUUUGGCCGAGUUGGAAUACCUGGGGAAUUAAAGGGUCCUAUCCUGUAUCUAUGUUGUGCUAGCGCAAGUGGGUGGUAUACAGGGCAGGAUCUGUUGGUCGAUGGAGGGGCAAGUACUUGGAAGCAUCCAGCUAUUUUAGCAACAGCCUAA